UAAUUGAGAAGAUAUUUAAUUUUGUAAUCGAGACUUAACAAAGUAACUAUAGUAACCUUACGGAAUAGCUAAUAGAUACUUGCAUAGUUGUAUGGUUGCACAUUAUCGAUCGUUCCUAUUUCAUUUAUAAAAAUAUGUAGAUCCAAAUAAAUCACCACUAAAAAGCUAGAAAUUACUGCACUAGUACUGGUAUGUUUCAAUUACUAUAUAAACGAAACUAUUAUUUAAUUACUAAUUUUUCUUUUAUAUUUUAUUACGAAAUAUUUGUGUUUGUAGUGACGCGGUCCCGCGUAAUAUUCCGUUUGAAUUCAAACGGCCUUUACGCGGAAAACCGCGGAACGACUUCUCUAUCCAACCGCCAGCGACGACGGACGACGCCGACGCACGAUCAACGGCGUCGGAACGUCUUGACUGCCGAUACCGCGAACCGAUCCGACGACCGGUGUGAGAGUUUUUCACCAUACGCCGUACGCGAUAUAACAUCCGUUGGUUGUUACCAUCGACUGUACUGUGAACCUUGUCUUUUUCCCUUGACCACAGUGACACUCUCACCGUGAUAUUCUUGUGUUCAGCAUUUACUUUGUUGUUUAUAAUGUUUAUAUUAACACAAUAAAUCGACGACCACCGUCUCUUUUUAAACCCAACAUCUUGUGUUUAAUUUAUUUUUGCUACCUGUCAACAUCCCGCCGUCCCACUCCACCUCCAGGUACGCAUCAAAUUGGCUCCCCGAACAGGAAUUACCGUUGGAAUUCCAUAGCCUGCACGUCGAGUUGUUCAACGCAUUGCACAGUACACAGCACCUUGCCGUGGAUACAUCAGGAUUCAGUAUUCAUUACAUCCAGUUUUUGAGUAGCAACAAGUAGUAAGAUAUUCAUAUAGCAGACAGGCCAUACAUAAUUAGUUUGUCAUCGUCAUAAUUAUCAUUACAGUACAUAUUAUAUAUAAAUCGAAAAACUACACCGAAGAAAUUUAAACAAUGAGCGCUUUCGAUGGGAUUAUUGCUGCCGCUAUUGAAACAACAAACUCGCAGAUAGUAUUGACACUGCUCGUUGUAGUAAUAUACGUCUUCACAGUUUUCUAUCUGAUAUGGGCUGCUGCGUCUGCUGAACUACGGCGUAGGUCUACGGGCUAUCGGCGAGGAAAUGUUGCGGAGGUAAAAACAUCGCAGUCCAAACCAAAAAAGUCAACAUCCACCGCUGUAGUCCAACUGAAGAACAAAAAUAUUAAAAAUACGAACACAGCACGACUGCAGAUAUGUGAGAGUAUUAUGCCCAAAUCUGACACGAUUGUUCACAAUAUUAAGGCUGAAUUAAACCAAAAAGUAGAGCAUCAAAUGGAAGAAGAUAACUUUAUCACUGUUUUAUCUAAACGUGAACGUCAACGUAUUCAUCGUAAGAAACAACAGGAGAAAAAAGAAAAAGAACAACAGUUAGAAGAGAAGCAAACUAAUGUCAAUAAAAAUCAAUCAAAUCAACGUCAACGGGAUAAGCCAUUGCAGCAGCGAAUCGUUACACCUGCUAUCAAUAAAAAUACUAAUACACUAUCUAAAUCGUCUAAGACAGUAGUUGUACUCAAUGAACAACCAUCGUUGCAGAGUUAUCAAAUCAAUGAUAGAAAGUCUAAAAAGUAUAAUGUUAAAAUAACGAAAAAAAGGUUAAGUGUUGAGAAUGACUCUUCGGCGAAUUCUUUACAAACUAAUAGUGACAAAGUGUUGAAUGCUGAACGUGAUAUCCAGCUAAAGAAAUUGCAGGCCAAACAUAGUACGAAGACAAAUGCAUCUUAUGCGAACCUUGAGAACUUAAAGCAGGCUGUAUCUCAAAACGUGGUCACUGAAAUGACUCGAAUUGAAGAAUGUAUCCCAAAUCGAGAUUCUGUCAAGAACAACGAGAAACUUUGCAAAGAACACGAUACGAUAAUCAAAGAUCUACGCAAAGAAAAUGAAAACAUGCGCAUGCAAUAUGAGUCUUCGAUGAAGAAUAAUUGGACUGACAAUGAAUUUAAAAUUGUGUUGGAAGGUGUGCGUGCAGAAAUCGAAAUGAAAGGGUUAGAUGCAAUUAAAAAGUUAUUAGAGGAUCACCAGGUAAUGUUGGAGGAAUUAAAAAUGAAACAUGAUUUGGAGAUUAAGGAUUUACAUACAUAUUAUCAUUUGUUAUUAAAUGAUUUACAAAUAAAACAUGAUAGAAUGGUCAAAGAUAUACAUUUGAGGCACGAUAUGCUAAUAAAUGGUUUUAGAAAUUUUAAUUUUGAGCAGAGCCAACGAUAUGAAGCUGCGAUGCAAAAUAUGCGCCAAGUCAAAAAUAAAAUGAGUAAAGAGCACCAGGAUGAAGUACGUGGUUUGCGCGAAAAUUAUGAGAAUACGAUUAAAGAUCACGAGAUUGCAACCAAACAUUUAUUAGAAGAAAAAGAACUUCUUCGUGCUGAGCACGAAAAAGUGGUUCAAAAACUGCAUAAAAUAAAUGGGGAUCGACAUCAUACCAUCAUAGAAGCAUGUCAGCAGAUAGCAAAUGAUUGCAACGAUAACGAUGCCGACACUAGAACAACCACAACAGCUGAUAACGAUACCAAGCAAAUAUUUUACGAUACGGAGCAAAAGCUGAUUCAGUUGCAUGGAUACACUUCCAGCAAUGAUUCUGAUUGUUCCACACAAGAUCUACUGUAGAAAUUGAAUGAUGUUGAAGUCAAUGCUUUUCAGUUGAAUGCUCGUAGUUCACAAGAGUCAUUGCAACAGUAAAUAAGUAGAUGAGGACAAAAGUGAUAUAGCAGUGGCUGUGAAACAAUUACCAAAUACUGAUCAAAGGAGAUAGAUAGUGGUUAAAUAUUACUAUUUUAGAUACCUAUAUAUUUUUUUUAAAUUUAUUAUCCAUUACUUAAUUCAUUAGUAUUAUUU